AUGCUGGACGGCCUGAAGAUGGAGGAGAACUUCCAAAGCGCCAUUGAGACGUCGGCCUCCUUCUCCUCGCUGCUGGGCAGAGCGGUGAGCCCCAAGUCUGUCUGCGAGGGCUGUCAACGGGUCAUCUCGGACAGGUUUCUGCUGCGGCUCAACGACAGCUUCUGGCAUGAGCAGUGCGUGCAGUGUACCUCCUGCAAAGAGCCCCUGGAGACCACCUGCUUCUACCGGGACAAGAAGCUCUACUGCAAGUAUGACUACGAGAAGCUGUUUGCUGUCAAAUGCGGGGGCUGCUUUGAGGCCAUCGCGCCCAAUGAGUUUGUGAUGCGGGCCCAGAAGAGCGUGUACCACCUGAGCUGCUUCUGCUGUUGUGUCUGCGAGCGGCAGCUCCAGAAGGGCGAUGAGUUUGUCCUGAAGGAGGGGCAGCUGCUCUGCAAAGGGGACUAUGAGAAGGAGAGGGAGCUGCUCAGCCUGGUGAGCCCGGCAGCCUCAGACUCAGGCAAAAGUGAUGAUGAAGAAAGUCUUUGCAAGUCAGCCCAUGGGGCAGGGAAAGGAGCCGCUGAGGAUGGCAAGGACCAUAAGCGCCCUAAACGUCCCAGAACCAUCUUGACAACCCAACAGAGGAGAGCAUUCAAGGCCUCGUUUGAAGUAUCCUCCAAGCCGUGCAGGAAGGUGAGGGAGACUCUGGCUGCAGAGACAGGGCUGAGCGUCCGUGUCGUUCAGGUGUGGUUCCAGAACCAGAGAGCUAAGAUGAAGAAGCUGGCCCGGCGGCAGCAGCAGCAACAGCAAGAUCAACAGAACACCCAGAGGCUGAGUUCCGCUCAGACAAAUGGUGGCGGGAGCUCUGGGAUGGAAGGGAUCAUGAACCCCUACACUGCUCUGCCCACCCCACAGCAGCUUCUGGCCAUCGAGCAGAGCGUCUACAGCUCAGAUCCCUUCCGACAGGGUCUCACCCCACCCCAGAUGCCUGGAGACCACAUGCACCCCUAUGGUGCUGAGCCCCUUUUCCACGACCUGGAUAGUGAUGACACCUCUCUCAGUAACCUGGGUGACUGCUUCCUAGCAACCUCAGAAGCCGGGCCCCUGCAGUCCAGAGUGGGAAACCCCAUUGACCACCUGUACUCCAUGCAGAAUUCUUACUUCACCUCUUGA